UGGGGCAGUUUCUCUCCCCGUGCCCACCCCAGUGUCCCCAGUGUCCCCAGGGCUCUGUCCCUCCCUCCCAGCACCACAGACCCUCCCUGAGCCUUCAUCCCCAAUUAUUUCCUCGCUGCUGGCAGUGACCAAAGCAGUGACCAAAAUUCCAGUUCCUCUUUCCUGUUCAAUCCCUUUUUAAAUUUUUUUUUCCCUUUGGAAGCCGCUCCCAGCCCGGCUGUGGCGUUUUUUUGGCUCCAGAUCCUGUCUGUAAAUAAACCCUGCAGUUCUGAUGGGCUUUUUUUAGCAAAUAAACACGCAGCGUGCGGCUCCAGGCCUCACAAAAAAGGGAUUUUUCCACAAUUCCCAGCCCGGGCUCCGUUUCCCUGUGCCAGGUGCCGCAGGGUUUCUAUUGCAGCCGAGUCACGGAUGGAGUUUGUGCCCGAAAUAGCCGGGAGCGGGCCGGGCUCCAGCGCAAUGCCCACAGAUCCCCUUCCCGCAGAGCCCCGCCAUCCUCCCGGCCCGGCAAUUCCCCGAUUUCCACCCGCAAAGUGAAUUUUGGGAAGGGCUCCCUCGCCGGGGACCACCAGGGCCCUGGGCCCGGGAUGGUGCCAGCAUGAGGAGGUGCUGCCAGGCCGUGGGGCUGCCGUGCCUGUUCAAGGGCGUGGGCGCGGCCGGCGCGCGCGCGCCGCGUUUCCUGCUGGUGUUUGACUUCGACGAGACCAUCGUGGACGAGAACAGCGACGACUCGGUGGUGCGGGGCCGGGCGCUGCCGGAGCGGCUGCGGCAGAGCCCCGGGGCCGGCGGCUACAACGAGCACAUGCGGCGCGUGCUGGCCUCUGGCGAGCAGGGCGUGCGCCCCGCCGAGCUCCGCGCCGCCUACGAGCGCAUCCCGCUGGCGCCGGGCGUGGCCGAGCUCUUCCAGCUGCUCUCCAAGCACCGGGAGCUCCUGGAGCUCGUGCUCAUCUCCGACGCCAACACCUUCGGCAUCGAGGCCAAGCUGCGCGCGGCCGGCGCCCGCUCGUCGCUCUUCCGCAAGGUCUUCAGCAACCCGGCCGGCCCGGACCGGCGCGGCGUGCUCACGCUGGGGCCCUACCACAGCCACGAGUGCCCGCGCUGCCCGGCCAACAUGUGCAAGGCCAAGAUCCUGGCCGAGUACCUGGCCGAGCGGGCGCGCGAGGGCGUCGAGUUCCAGCGCGUGCUCUACGUGGGCGACGGCGCCAACGACUUCUGCCCGGCCGGGACGCUGACGGCGGCGGACGUGGCGUUCCCCAGGAAGGGCUACCCCAUGCACAGGCUGAUCCAGGAGAGCCAGGAGAAGCAGCCCGGCGCGUUCCAGGCCGCCGUGGUGCCCUGGGAGUCGGCGGUGGAGGUGGCGCGGUACCUGCAGGAGCUGCUGCGCAAGAAGUGCUGAGCGAGGGAGGCGGCUCCGGGCCCGGCUCCGUUCCUGGGACGUUCCUCUGCCUUUCCCGGCUCUGUUCCCGGGAUGUUCCUCUGCCUUUCCCGGUUCCAUUCCCAGCUCCGGGCCCGGUUCCGUUCCCGGGAUGUUCCUCUGCCUUUCCCGGUUCCAUUCCCAGCUCCAGGCCCGGCUCCGUUCCUGGGAUGUUCCUCUGCCUUUCCCGGCUCCGUUCCUGGGACGUUCCUCUGCCUUUCCCGGCUCCGUUCCUGGGACGUUCCUCUGCCUUUCCCGGCUCCGUUCCUGGGAUGUUCCUCUGCCUUUCCCGGUUCCAUUCCCAGCUCCGGGCCCGGUUCCGUUCCUGGGAUGUUCCUCUGCCUUUCCCGGCUCCGUUCCCGGGAUGUUCUCCCGCCUUUCCCGGCUCCGUUCCUGGCUCCGGG